AGCCACGCUUCCUGGCCGGGCACAAAAAACAACAGGCGAGGCGACCCAACGCGCGGAUACGCGUUAGAACUCGCUACCAAUACAUCUGAACCGGGACUGCACGCGUAGAGCCCUGCGCUAGAUAGUACCAGGCUGUGGAGCAUCAAGGCUGUGGAAUUAGCCUGAGCGCCCGUGAGCAGACCGCGAGGCGCUACCGAUAAGAUGGGCCGCGGCGACGCCUGCGAGGAGCGGCGCACGAAACUCAAGGCCCACUCGACCAUCAACGAGCUCCCGCAGCAGUCCGUGGCCCUCGAGAAAUAUUAUAACCUCGCGGGGCAAUGCCAGGCCAAGGCCAACGCAGCGACGGAGAAGGCGUUACGGAUGCCCGCGCGCACGUACCUGGAGGCGCACCGGCGCCAGGUGCCGUUAGAUCAGGCCUACUGCUACCAGCGCCGCUACGCGACUCUUGGAAUGGAGUGUAUCCCGAAGCACGGCUACUACAACAGUAAAUUAGGGCCGCAGCGAGCGGCGCUCAAGAGCGGAUGCCUCGGCGCCUUGGCGUGGCUCGAGAAGAUCGUGGACGCCAUGGACGCCGACGAGGUCCUGCUGGGCGCGCACCGCGCCGCCGUCGCCGCCCUCAAAAAGCGCGAGGCCGAGGAGGCGGCGCUCAAACAAGGCAUGGCGCGGCUCCAGCGGGACCGGGCGGAACGGGAGAAACGAAAACAAAAGCAGGCCGCCGACGCGGCGCUGCCGCCGUUGGUGCGGGGCGCACGCGUGCGCUACAAGGACGGCAGUUCCGGCUCUGUCGUGGAGUGCCACCGCGACUGUCCCGAGGGGCCUUAUUAUGAUGUGGCGCUGGACGGCGGCCGCGUCGUCCAGGCCGAGCGUAGUAAUCUGGAGCUCAUCGCGGGCAAGCCUACGGCUCCGUCGGCGCCGCCGCCUCCACCGGUCCCCUCCGCGCCGCCGCUGCCUCCGGUCCCGCCGCCGCCGCCGCCGCCGCCGGCUUAUGAUAGUGACGCCGUCGCGCUCGGCGCGACGCCGCUGCCGCCCGCCCUGCUGGGGUAUGAGGAUUCCGUCGCGUCCAAGAUCACGAUCGAGGAAGUGAGAUCAUCGGCGGAGCGCGCCUGGGGCCAGACGACGGCGCAAGGACGAGGUCGCGUCGAGCGAUUACCGACGUUCCAAGGGAGGGUCAGGGACGCGAGAAACCUUGAUAGUACGAAUGGCUGCGCCGUCAUCGCGCCCCUCGUCUGCCAGAUGCAUAUUGGGGAAAAGAAGGAGUUAACAAAUAGCGACGUCGCCAGAGUCAUCGACGACAUCGUGCCUCCGAUACUAGCACAUAUCCGGAAGAAGCACGGUCUCGGGAACGGCGCCUUCAUCAUCCCCGCUGAUGUUCAUGAUUAUUUGUACGACGCCAAGGCCAUCGACCAUUCGAUGUUCGCUGGAGUGUUUGGCGGGAAUUGCUUAGAUGACGAGCACGUCGCCAAACUACUAAAUGCGUUCGAGGAGGUGCCACAAUCAGACAAGGCGGGCUGCGCCUUCUUCUUCAAGGAGCACGUCAUCGCCGUCCUCCGAGUCGGAAAAGAGUACCACUUCGUCGACUCGUUGGGAGGCGGCGACGCGUCGGGCAUGGGCACGCGGACGGUCUGUGCGGAUGUGGAAGCUUUGCGCGUGUUCCUGCGAUAUUACGUCUCCAAGAAGCUGCCCCCGGGCUGCGUCGGCAAUGCCUUCGACGAGGCGACGGCCGACUUCGACGCGCGCGUCUUCCAGGCCUUCCUGUGGCGGCACGCGCCGAAUAAGUAGUUUUCAUG